GGAACGUAUGAGACAUGGCUGUGUAUGUAUUUUAACAGUCUAUGGUGUGAAGUCGUAUAACGUUAACCGAAAGUGAUUAGCCAUUUCGGAGGAAUCGGUAGUCAUGUGUUAGGUUUAGGGUUACAGCCAGGAAACACUGUAGCUGCUCUCUUACCCAUAGACAGUAUAUAAGAGGGUUAGGGUUAGCUCCUCACUUUAUAUAUCAAGUGUCUUUACCUCGAGCUGCACUUCCGUGUUGUGUGUUAUCGGAGAUAGCUAAAUAACUGGCGAUCAUAAAGGGUGACAUUGUUACUAACGUGUAACCAUUAAGAUUGAACAUUGGUUGUAAAAAAAAAAAAAACGUCAGGAGCCUGGGUCUGUCCCAGGCAUGAAGAGGAAAGCUAUGGGUGCAGCGUACAGCUCUGGUUCAGCCUCAAGUCGCAAUGUGUCUUCAGCUGCGGGACCGUCGGCCUCGCAUUCACAGGAACAUCUGUUCACUGUUCCUCUGGAGAUCCUGGAGGAGAUCUUCCUGAAUCUUCCUCCCCAUCAGGUGGUUAGUAAUUGUCGGUUAGUGUGCCAUCAGUGGGCAGAAGUGGCUGACAGUGAAUCUUUGUGGAGAGAGAGAUGUAGAAGAGAAGGAUAUCGCCCCCGCGAUGCUUCCAAAAUUCCCAAAGACUGGAGGUUGUUUUACUUCUUGUGCAGGAAGAGAAGAAAUCUGCUCAAGAAUCCAAGAGGAGAACAUGGAAUGAAGAACUGGCAGAUACUAGAGAAUGGUGGCGAUAAUUGGAUAGCAGAAGGAGUUAUGGUGCCACAUCCAAAUGAAACGGUCAAGAAAAACUUUGUGACCUCUUACGGAAUGUGCAGGAAGUCGCAGCUGAUUAAUUUGGAGGCAGAAGGUUAUAACCCAUCGUUCAUGGAUCACUUCCAACCAGACAUCAAAAUAUCUGAUUGGUAUGCACCACGAUGGGAUUGUGGCAGUGAAUAUGAGAUCUGUGUGGAGUUGCUGAAUCAAAGAAAGAAGCCUAUCCAGAAGUUUGCACCUCAGACUGUUUACUUUGAGCAGUGGAACGAUCAGAAAUGGAAUCAGAUGACCUAUGUAUUCCAGAACUAUGGACCAGGAGUGAGAUACAUCCGUUUUAUCCACGGAGGCAAGGACACACAGUUCUGGGCAGGAUGGUAUGGAAUUCGUAUUACCGACAGCUGCGUUGAGAUAUGUCCAGCAGGGGACACAUAGCUCUAAGGGAUUCAUGGUAAUGCCUGCUUCCUGCCUUUGCCUAAAAUUGCGAAAUUGCACCUUUUUCCACCAGCUUUUUUCUCCUUAUACAAUGUGCAGUCAUUUUACAUGUUGAAGGAACGUGUCUUUGGGUAAAAGACUAUACUCCUUUUCAAAACACUCCCAAUGCCGCACCUUAAGAAGGAAUACAUGUAGAUUUAUAGUAGUAGGUAAGGUUCAUGAGUUGAAGUAGAGCAGAACUCAAAAUGUGUAACAUUUGUCCUAACACAAGUGGAAUUGAAAAAAAAAAAAAAAAAAAAAAAAGUCUUCUAAAUUAUGCAAAUCUUAGUUAAAAAUAAAAUCACUCCAAGAGACCAUUUGGAAUAGUUAACAGAAAUAUAACUUAAACGUAAAUAUUAUCAUUAUUACCUUUCAUGGCAUGUGGAUAAUACUUUCUAAAAUGAGGUUCAUGUGUAAUUAUCAUAACAAAUGGGAAUCCACUCAUCCCAAAGAGCCUCAUCCACAUCUCUCUGCAGUGAGGUUUUGACUUGUUUCAGUAUCAAAGAGUCCUUAUGGUCCUUGACACCGUAGUGCCGUUUGUUACUUUGAAAACAGCCAUAUUACAAUCAGUUUCAGGUUCACAGAACAGUAUGUCAUCUUCAGUUAUUUAACGUUCCUCAUAUUGAAUGUAAAACACACACUGGGUCUAAAUUAAACUUUUGUGUUUUUGUAUGCCAACUAGUCAUGGAAAUUGUUAGGAAAAGAUGCCAUACAAAGUAUCAUGGCAGCUUUGCAGAACAGAAUGAACGAUCUGGCUCUGAUGUUGACGUGACAACACGUGAAGUUGUAUGAAGGCAUUAGUGGGUGCAGAAUGACUGCUGCAAUGCAAAAAAGAAAAAGAAGUCAAAUAAGUUGAUCUCUCAGAUCAGAAGGGAUUCUGUCUAUUAUUGUAAUACUGCAGCACUAUGUUAAACCAGCUUUAAUGGAAAUACUAAUAGUCUUGCAUUGCUCUGUAAUGUGCAAGUUGUGAUGCUGAACAUUUGUAUUGAAAAACUUAUCUGUUGAAAAUGUAUAGUUCAUGUAAGUGUACAUAUGUAAGUUCAUAACCUUUAUGUAACCAUCAAGUCAGACAACAUGUAGUAUUUGAAGUUAGGUUUAUUCAUAAUACUGGUUUAUUGUACUGCUUUAUCACAAGCAAGAUACACAACAACUUUGAUGUCAAAUUGAAUAAAGACCAAAGAGUCCUUGUUCUCUCAA